CUGUGCUGUAGAAAUGUUAUGACGUCGUAAAUGUGAGACGCAAGUCAAAGCGUUACGAAAUAUUUCUGCGACUUGAAGUUCUCACAUGUCCUGCUUUCUGAAGCAGCUAACAGCAAAUUGAUCUGAGAAACCUCCACAUUAGGAAGCCACAGCUCCACAAGUAGGAUGAAACUGGAACUGUCCCGAGUGGUACAGGGAUGUCGCCUGGGGAUUUUGACUGGACUGGGAAAAUCAGGGCAGCACUCACUAGAGUUGCCCGGCUGUCUCCUGUACACUCGCUGUGCAACUGUUCCCCAUCUGACCCAGGACACAUUACACACUUUAAGCGACCUGCCAUCAGUCACACAAGUGUCUGUGGAUAGCCUUGCAGAGCAUCAAGAGGUUCUGGAGGAAUUCAAAGAGGGUGUCAGAAAGUUUGCAGGUCUUCAUGAUACUGUGCUUUUCUGCUCUCUGCAUGAUUCUGCAAACACUAGCCCUACUGGUCACGUCACCAACAAGACAGUGUCGGUGUGGGGCAGCGGUGGAAGGAUAGAGCUGACAGCGGCUCGGUUCAUGGCGAUUCAGGCAGCUAUCCAGCCGGACUGCUAUCAGAGCAUGGCGGACGGAGAGACCUGGCAGGCCAAUACCUCUCGCAAGAGAGUCCGUAAAGCAGUGGACAGGACUCUGGCCCAUCUGGAUGAAUGUCUGGUGUUGCACCAGAAAACACAGGAAUUAAAACAUGCAGAGAUAUUUGGUGUUGUGGAGGGUGGAGACAUUAUGGAGGAGAGGCUCCGGUCGGCACGAGAGACUGCCAAGCGUCCUGUGGGCGGAUUUGUCCUGGAUGGAUUCCAUUCUGCUGCCAUGGACCAGGAUGUGAGGGCUCAGCUGAUUAGAGCGACAACUGCAGAACUUCCCCAAGAAAAACCCAGGUUGGUGUUGGGUAUUGGCCGUCCUGAUGAGGUCAUCAGCUGUGCUGAAGCAGGAGUCGACCUGUUUGAGAGCGUCUUCCCCUUCCAGGUGACGGAGCGGGGCUGUGCGCUCUCCUUCGACUACACCAUUGAUCCUGACCCUGAGACGGCAGGUACAUCAGCCCCUACAGUGCUGGAACUCAAUGGAGAGAUGCCUGCUGUCAAGAAGCUGAAUGCGAAUGGAGAUGAAAAUAUGACGCCUUUUGAAAUGAACCUCAAAGAUAAAAGGUAUCAAGAUGAUUUCCGCCCACUUGUGGAGGGCUGCGGCUGCUACUGCUGUAAAAAGCACAUGAGAGCAUAUGUUCAUCAUUUAUUGGUGACCAACGAGCUGCUUGGUGGUGUUUUACUCAUGCUGCACAACAUGGCACAUUACCUAGGCUUUUUCAAAGCGCUGCGGGAGGCAAUAGCCAGUGACCGUCUGCAGGACUUUAAAAAUAGAGUGCUUCGUUGCAGAGAAGGUGAUUGAAAUGAUUGAAGGACGUUGGGCGAAAAGAAAAGAAAAAAGAAUGAACAAAAGCAAACUUACAUCAGAGCAUACUUAGGGCUUUGAUGUGGUUUCAUGAAUAAAAAGCUGAUUCUGAUGCACAUGCUCUUGCCAUGCAAAAUAUCAGAUAAAAAGUGUUAAUGUGAGUGACACAGCAAACCUUUUAAAUUCCCAUGGCUCAUUUCAGAGUUCACUCAGUUGGAUUUAACAUUUGCCGUCAGCUGCAUCAAAUGAACAAUUUCUCUCAGAAGGGGCAUUAAUAAUGGAAAAAAUACCUUUUUAAAAGAGCAGCUCUCGCUCAAAUUCUCACUUUUUCAGACCCUGAAAAAUUACCAACUGCUGUUUUCCUUAGCACAUAUUUUUGACUGGUUAUACAUGUAUUUUGAAAAAUGCUGCAUUUCUUUCUUUCUUACAAUGAUGGUAUUGUAUAAUAUUUAUUAUUGUGCAUUAUUAUUAUUGUAUAUAAUUGUUGUUUAGAUUAACAUUUUGGCCUUGUGUUAAGUUUUAAACUUCUGCAAAUCUAGCUUACUGACUUGUUUUUCCCGAUCUUUACAUUCCUCUUCAUUAAGUAUUUUUAACUUUACAAUAAAUGCACCGCAGAGUGCCAGUAAACCUUUUA